CUUUCUUCUUGCAGUACAUAGAAUCACCAGAUAUUGAGAAAGAAAUGAAAAGACUACUAAGAAUGGACAGCACAGCUAUCAGAGUCCGAUGGGAAGUGUUGCCUGAUAAAGAUGGCAAAGAAGACACAAAAAGUGAAUUACAAAUAGAUGGCAACGACUGGAAACAGAUCUUUGAAGAGGUUAGUAGCUCAGAGAAUGAGGAAGGGGAAGAAGACGUCAACAUCAUGGAGGUUGGGGAUUCCCAGCAAGGCAUGGAGGAGUUCAAAGUACAAAAUGUCACUGCUGCUCUCAAAGGAUUAGAAGCGGCUGUAGAUCAAGAUAACACAAUCACAGAAGACAGCAUGCAGCAUGAGAGUAAGUUCUCCCCCGCCCCCUUCCAUCAGCCCCCACUCCAAUUCUAUACCCCUAGAUACACCACUGGUGACAUCACAACAUGUGACACACCUUUGUUACUGAGAAUAUAAAUAUGUUAUAUGUCAAUUUCUUGUUUUAGUCACUUUUAGUCCUUGAGCAGAUUGCUUAUAAAACAGUCUUAACGAGUAGUCUUAACUCCUCGAAUAAAGCUGGCUUUAUCACGGUUAGACUGCUUUGAGUAUUGAAAUUCAAACAAGCACUCACUGGAAAAGUAAAAUUGAGGGCACAG